CGGGCACCGGGAAACUUGCGCUGCCGGCGGCAGAGCCGCGCCGCCGGUGCCGGAUCCGGACCCGCCUCCGCUCCGGCGCUUUGGGGGUCUCGCACCCCCCGAGGGGGCUGCGCACCGGGGGGGCCCGGCCGCCCCUGCCCUGCGGCCGCCCCGGCGCUCCCUUUGUUGGUGCUUCCCAUUUCCCCCCCGUCUUUCCUUUCUCUCGGGCAGUUUUGGUUUAAUUCCGGCUGCUGGAGGGCUCGAGUGGUUUUUUUUUCCCCUCUUUAUUUCCCCCCCCCCCCCAUCGCAUUUUAACUCAGCGUCAACCCGCCGCUCCUCGGGCCAGGGGGUGCGAUUCCCUCCUUUGGAGAGAAAUCCUUAAGUCUGCCCAAGUUUUGCAAUUCCUGGGAGAAGGAGCCGCCGCCGUCCCCGACAACCUGCAGCCAGCCCGGCCGUCGCUCCCGCAGCGCCCUGGGAAAAUCCAUCGCCGUGUCCAAAAGCGUAACUCAGACUGCAAGGUGAGGGAGAGGAGGACAAGGCACGGCUUCGGAUGGAGCUGGAGAAUAUUCCCGAGAAAUCCCCGCAGGUCCUGCUAGCGAGUCAUGAUGGUUGAAUCUGCCUCGGAGACGAUACGUUCCACUCCCUCUGCCCAGAACGGGGUGAGCAGCCUGAGCCAGCAGCCCGAUGGCGGCGGGGGCGGCGCGGGGGGCGGCGGGCGCGACGGAGCCGCCGGCGAGGCCAACGGAGAGAUGAGCCCCGUGGAGCUCCUGCACUUCCAGCAGCAGCAGGCUCUCCAGGUGGCACGCCAGUUCCUGCUGCAGCAGGCCACGGGGCUGAGCUCCCCCAGCAGCAACGAGGGCAAGCAGCCAGCAGUGCAGGUGCCCGUGUCCGUGGCCAUGAUGUCCCCACAGAUGAUCACGCCGCAGCAGAUGCAGCAGAUCCUCUCUCCGCCCCAGCUCCAGGCCCUCCUGCAGCAGCAGCAGGCGAUAAUGCUGCAACAGCUGCAGGAAUACUACAAGAAGCAACAGGAGCAGCUUCACCUGCAGCUAUUGACACAGCAGCAAGCUGGAAAGCAGCAACCCAAAGAGCCGUUGGGGAACAAGCAGCUGGCCUUCCAGCAGCAGCUCCUGCAGAUGCAGCAGCUCCAGCAGCAGCACCUGUUAAACCUGCAGCGCCAGGGCCUGGUGAGCCUCCCUCCAGGGCAGGGCACGGUGCCCCUGCAGACCCUGCCCCAAGCCGUGUGCCCCUCGGACCUCCAGCAGCUCUGGAAGGAGGUCACGGCUGCCCAGCCUGUCGAGGACAGCAUUAAGCAAGAAGGUCUUGACCUCACCACCAACACCUCCAACUCUACCUCGUUUUCGGCCGCCAAGGUCUCGCCUCCCAUUUCCCAUCACCCUCUGCCCAAUGGACAGAGCACCAUGCACACGCCCAGAAGGGACAGCUCUUCCCACGAAGAGACCCCCGGCUCCCACCCGCUCUACGGCCACGGAGAGUGCAAGUGGCCUGGCUGCGAAACCCUCUGUGAGGACUUGGGGCAGUUUGUCAAACACCUCAACACAGAACAUGCACUUGAUGACCGAAGCACGGCCCAGUGUCGAGUCCAGAUGCAAGUGGUACAGCAGCUGGAGAUACAGCUGGCCAAGGAGAGCGAGCGUCUCCAAGCAAUGAUGGCCCAUCUUCACAUGAGACCUUCAGAGCCAAAGCCUUUCAGCCAGCCUGUAAGCCUGAACCUGGUCUCCAGUGCCACCCUCUCCAAGAGCACUUCCGACACGUUUCCCGACGGUUUACCUCAUCCCCCCACCUCCGCCACGGCGCCCAUCACCCCCCUGCGGCAGGGCCCCUCCGUCAUCAGCUCUUCCACUUUACACAACGUGGGGCCCAUCCGCAGGAGGAACUCGGAGAAGUUCUGCACCCCAAUAUCUUCAGAACUUGCACAGAACCACGAGUUCUACAAGAACGCCGACGUCCGACCGCCCUUCACGUACGCCUCGCUCAUCCGGCAGGCCAUCCUGGAGACCCCCGACAGGCAGCUAACGUUGAAUGAAAUCUAUAACUGGUUCACGCGGAUGUUUGCCUACUUCCGGAGGAACACGGCCACCUGGAAGAACGCCGUCCGCCACAACCUGAGCCUGCACAAGUGCUUCGUGCGCGUGGAGAACGUCAAGGGAGCCGUGUGGACCGUGGACGAGCACGAGUACCAAAAGCGAAGGCCACCAAAGAUGACAGGGAGUCCGACCUUAGUCAAAAAUAUGAUUUCAGGACUCGGUUAUGGAGCACUUAAUGCAAGUUACCAGGCUGCGCUGGCAGAGAGCAGCUUCCCGCUGCUCAACAGCCCCACCAUGAUCAACACCAGCUCGGCCAGUGCCAUGCUGCACGUGGGCCACGACGACGUCAGCAGCACCGUGGAGCAGGUCAACAGCAACGGCAGCAACAGCCCGCGCCUGUCCCCGCAGCAGUACAGCCACCCAGUGCACGUGAAGGAGGAACCAGCCGAGGCGGAGGACGACAGCAGACCCGUGUCGCUGAUGGCCACCACCAACCAGAAUGUGACGAUUCCCGACGACAGGGACCUGGAGGAGGAGCUGCCAGUGGAAGACUUGUCCUAAGGACUCCUUCCUCCUCCCCACCGAGGGGCAAACCCUUCCCACCCUCCCGGCCGGAGACCAAGCGACGCUCCCACCUCCCCAAGGUGACCUUCGGCGUUAACCUGUUCUUUAAAGGCACUUCCACAAAGCAAAAGGGUUUCCUUGGGGCAACGACCCGUUGCUGCCGGCGCGUCCCUGGCGCUCCCACUGCCCCGCGCUGCAGCCGGUGACUGACCGACCCCGCCGCGGGCACGUCCCGCGGCACGAGAAGCAGAAACCCAAGAGCUGGACUUUUUCUCCCCUCCUCCCUUGGUUAGUGACUGGUGAACGAGGAUGGUAGGUUGUUUCUGUCCGAAAUGGUCCCUUCCUUCCCUCCCCGUGCGCGGCGGGCGCAGGGAAGGCACCUCUGUCCCCUCCUCCCGCGGUGCUCGGCCACCCCGAGGCAGCGAUGGCAGGAACCCACUGUCGUCCCUCGGGCCCCCGGUGGGUUUUGCACUAGGAGGGACCGUGGACCCUGCCCACGUGUGCUGCCUCCAGCCAGCUUUGGGGGAAGAAACAGCAGAAACGGGGCUAAGCCCUCUGCCACGCUCUGGAUGUCGGGCUCGCACCGCUGUCUCAAAGCUGGGGAAGGACGAGGACCAGCACGUCAGUGGGACGGGGUCCCCUCUGCCUUGUCACCUCUGGCCAGUUGCUAAACUGCCUGGCAAGCAGAGCAGCCUCCCCAGGCUCUGCCCUCCACGGGCUGGUGGGGGGCUCCUGGCACCCAGCAGUGCUGACCAUCCACAGCCGACUGCCAGCGCCAGCAGUGAGGACACGGCUCCCCCCGUCCUGCUCGACGUGGCUGCAGCAGGUGACACCUCCCAGCCCAUGUGGGGAUGGCAUGGCCAGUGGCCCGACUUCGACUUCAGGGAAAGGCUCCCGGCCCCCUGCGUGCCCCAUUCCACCUCCAGAGCUGGGGCAGGGUCUCAGUGGAGCAGGAGGGCAGCAUCCCCCAACACCCAGCCUCCUCCUGGGGGCACCUGCAGAGGAGCUGGGGGUCAUCCCAUCCCGCUGGGAGCAGAGCUGAGCCCGAUGGAUCCCUGUGGUGGCCAAACCUGGCCACGGCCCCCAAGCCGAGCCCGUUGCAGGGGGGCUCCCGCUUUCAUCUUUUCCUUAUCCUUUUGUGUGCAUCCAGAUGGGAAGAUACCAAAAGAUUUCUAGAGACAGAAGGUCCGUAGUUCAGGUGAACAGAUGGUAUUAAUGCCAAAAGAAAAAAAUAUUAAUAAUAAUGAGAACAACACAACCAAACACCCCUCUUCUCCCUGCUCUUUCUUUCUGGGGCGGUGAUGUGGGUACCCAGUGCCAGCCUCCUCCUGGCAGGCAGCGUGGCAUCCCCAGUGCCCUGUGCUGGCUUCAGGGAGCAUCACCUUCCCUGGGGAGCAUCACCUUCCCUGGGGAGCAUCACCUUCCCCGGGGAGCAGCACUUUCCCUGGCACAGCCGGGCUGGCACUGGCUGUCCUGGCACACAGGGGGGUCUUUAGGGACUCGCUGUGAUGGAUGUGGGGCUGCUCACGUUUUUGAGCCCAGCUCCAGGCUCCCCCAGAGCGAUCCCGAGGGUUGCUCCAUCCCUCCCUGUCCCUGGUACUCUGGGAUGUGACACUGGGGGGCUGUGUCACCCCACGGGACAUGGGGCUGACACCCCGGGAGCAGUGUUGAAAAUGCAGCACACAGCUGUGGCUCAUGGGGGGUUGUGUUUGUCUGUCCCCACGUCACCUCUGUGAUCUCCCCAAGGGGCUCCUGGUGCUGUGGGGUAUCCCCAGGGUGAGCCCGUACCGGACUCAUCCUUUUCACUGCCUGAAGCAUCCCCAGUACCCAGGUGGCUGCAGAGAGGGGGUCCCUGGGCCCCCCCUGCAGCCGGGGGGACGUUGAGCAGAACUCCCCACCCCAACCGUGUCCCCCUGUGCCACCCUGUGUGUCACCCUCCGGGGGCUGCCGAGACCCUCGGGGGGCAGCGGGGGGGUGACACAACCCGCUGGGGCUGUUAACGGGGGUCACCGGCACCCCCCCCCCCCCGGCUGGGGCUGCAGGGGUCCCUUUCCCAUUCCCAAAUCCGGGGUUUUCCCUGCUCCCCCCGCCCUCCCUCCCGCGGGUCCCCAACACCCCUGUAGGUGUCACCCGCGCUUCUCCCGCGCCGCGGCUGCGAGCGCAGGGACAGCCCUGCCCGGCUCCUUCCCGGCCCCUGCCCGGCCCCUUCCCCGGCUCCCGGCCCCUUCCCGGCCCCUUCCCGGCCCCUUCCCGGCCCCCCCCGGGCUCCGCCAGACACCAAAGACCCUGCCCGGGCCGGGGGGCACCACCCGACCCCCCUUUUGCUGUCCCCCCCAUCCUGCCAAAGGAGCUGUGAGGCUGGAGGCACCGGCAGUUUUCCCCACCUACUUUAUUUUAUCCUUCUUUUUCCUUUUUUUUCCCUUUUCCCCUUUUUUCUUUUUUUUCCUUGUUUCUUUAUUCCCCCUUUUUUUCUUUUUUCCCCUCUUUCUUUCCCUUUAUUCCCCUUCCCCCUCCUUUUUCCUCUUUCCUUUUUUCUUUUUUUUCCCUUUUUCCUUUUUUAUUUUCCUUUUUUCUUUUUUCUCCCCUUUUUUCUCUUUUUCCUUUUUUUCCCGUUUUUUUCCCUUUUUUUUUUGUUUUUCCUUUUUUUUUUUCCCCCCCAGUUCUUUUCAUUUUAAGUUAUUGUAGUACCAAGUUUACAGCUGGCACGGGGGGAUGUUGCUGGGGGGACCCAUUGCUGCUUUACUCGUACGAAGGGGAGGGGAGGGAUGGACAGGCUGGACCUUGAGGUGCAGCCCCUGAGCCCCUCACUGCUGCUCGGCCACAGUUCACCCUCUGUGGGGAAUCACCUGCCUCCAUCCAGGUUUUUGGGAUUUUGGGUUGCCAUUGGGGGUCAUUGUGCCUCUUGGGCAGUGCCAGCACCCAGUGUUAGACCCCCUCACUGUUUGGAGGAGGUUUCAGUAGCUGCUCCCCUUUUUUUGCCCUUCCUGGUCCUUUUCCCUCACCUUCCUCCCGCUCUUUAAUUUUUUGGCAGCUUUGCCCCCUGGAUUCUGCACAAAUCCAAGGUGGCCCCGGCAUUGCCGAGCCCUCCAGGGCUUCUUCCUCGGGGUAUGACUUUUUUUUUUUUUAAGCUUUUCCAGAGGUACAGACACCCCUGAAAUGCCUCCCAGGGCCUCCAGAUCCCCGUGGAUUCAGCCAAAAUCCCCCGUGUGCCAUCAUCACCCCCAGACCCCGUGAGGAAAACCUGGCACCUUCCCCUCCGUGCUGAGUAUUCCCAGAGGUUUUCAGCUGCCAUCCCGGCUCCCAAGAGCACUCUCUCUAUAUAUUAUAUAUAUAUAUAAAUAAAUAUAUAAAUAUAAAGGAGUUUUUUUCUUUAAACACAUGCACAGGUUUGGAAAGUCCUGUGGCUCCAGGUGAUGCCUCUUCCCCGGGAAUCCUGGUGGGUGAUUUCACAGGAAACGUGCCCGGUUUGAUACUCAGGGGUAAAUUUAAUUCCUUCUCUUACCCCCUGCCCAGCCCAGCUGCCUCUGCAGGGUCCCACCUGAACCAGGUACUGUGUGUGUCCCCCCACCCUCACUGCCCCCACCCCUCUCACCCCUCUGGUUUAUUUUUUGCUGGUUUGAAUUUUACUGAAUUCUGCGUGUCUUACCUCAAACACACGCCGGAGGCCGGGGGGGAGGGAGGAUCAAGGACCAAACACAAUGUGUGGCAGAAUUGUAUGUCUGUAUAUAUUGAGAUAUAUAUAUUCUGGGUUUAAACCUACCAAAACAAAUGGUUCUUUUUGGGCUUUUCUGUAUUUUUGUGUUUUAUUUCCUGUUUUUGCCCAACCCAGGGCGGUUCUACGAGGGGAAGCUGUGGGCACCUCUCUGUACGUAGAGGCAUUUUUCUGGUAUCUCCCACUGAAGGAAUUACUACUUUUUCCAUGUGUUUUUCUUUUUUUUUUUUCCCUCAGUGACAUCUUCCCCCAAACAGCUCAAACAGGUACCCAGGGGAGGGGGUCAGAAACCAGUGCUCCAAGGGAGGGGGUGCUGGCAGCACUGGGGGCUGCUGGGGGGGCCGGUGUGGGGGGGAAGGGAGAGCAGCAGCUGAACCUGCAUCAAACCAAAGGGUUUCUUUGCUUUGUUUACACCCCUGGCCAGCCUCCCGCCCCGGAGGUCCUCCCUGGAUCUAGGUUUUUGUCCUGGAAGUGUUGGGGAAGGUCGGGACAGGCCAGAGCCAGGGGCUGGGGGGCUCUGCACCCCCGGAGGUGCCCGCCGUGGCCCCGGGGGAGCCCAUGGCUCGGGCACAUCCCACCCCCGGCCGCUCCGGGAAGCGCCAGCCCUGCCACAACCUUUUCCUGUUUUUCCCCGUUUGUUCCCAUCCUCUUUGGCGCUGGGUGGGAAGGUGAUGCUGGGGAGGUGGGACGGGGGCCGGAGGGUGGAGGGGAGGGCGGAUGUGUAAAGACCCCUCCCCUCCCCGCCGUCCUCGUGCUGUAUAAAGGAAAUAGCCUCGCUGUGUAUUUGUACUCUGAGCUCCGUGUGUCUGCGUUGGCAGACGGUAAACCCUUGUACAGUAGGUCUAGCUGCAUGUAAUCUGUAUGGACAAUGGCAUUAUAAAAUGCAAUAAAAUAAAUUACCUAUCGUGCCGCUGU